UGGGCAGGAUAGAGGUGUGACUGCUGCCUCUUUGGCCAGUUAUAUGCGUUGCUGCUUUUGUUUCUACACGUGCUACUCCAGGACAAUCAGCAAACUACAACUUCUAGUAGGAACAAUCUUGCCAGCACGGGCGGUUAUAGCUCUAUAGCCCCUCAAUGUCCACUACUUAUGUGUACUCGCUACCCACACUUCUGCCCCCUUCACAGAGGGAGAACCAUAGAGAUGCUAUAACAUUCUCCUCUAUGGUAAACAACAUCCGUACUGAUUGGACGGCUGGGCGGAGCUUGGUGAUGUAGUCAGAGUAGAUGUGUCUGGAGCCGGGCAGGAGGAUUGUGGUACAAACACUCACCGGGGAGUAAGCGGAGCUGCUGGGGAGGGAGGGAACGUGUCACGUUAAUUGUCCCUCUCUCAUCUGUCUACUUGCCACAAGCAGGCUCCGCAAUUGCUCGGUGUAGGGUCUGGGGAUGGAACCGGAGAAGAUGGACGAGAACGAAUGGAAUUAUCACGGGGAGGGAAACAAAAGUCUGGUAGUGUCGCACGCUCAGAGUUGUGUGGUUUUGCGUUUCCUCAAGUUUCUUCCUAACAUUAAUAAGAGCACAGAAGAAGUCUACCAGCACCUGCACAAUAUUCUAGACUUCGGCAAACACAUCAUGAAGCAGUUUCUAGGGGAAAACUACGUUCACCAUGGGGAAGUGGUCCAGUUGCCUCUGGAUUUUUUGAAACGGUUAUGUUUGAAGGUUCAGUCAGAGAGACCUGAAUCUCGUUGUGAGAAAGAGAUGGAUGUCAGUGGAUAUGCAAUGUGCCUUCCUAACCUCACCCGACUGCAGACUUUCCCUUUUUUAGAAUGCAGGCCCAUCUUCUGUAUAGAAAUUAAGCCUAAAUGCGGUUUCAUUCCAUCUUCUGCCCAUAUCACAAAGGAGAUCAAGAAAAAAGUCUGCCGCUUCUGCAUGCACCAACAUCUAAAGGUUGCCAAAGGAAAGUGGAAAAGAAUCAGCAAAUAUUGUCCGCUGGAUCUCUUUUCAGGAAAUAAGCCGAGAAUGCACUUUGCCUUGAUGAAUCUGCUGCAGGAGUCCCAAAACAAUCUCAAGGUAUUUAAGAAUGGUGAAUUAAUAUACGGAUGUAGAGAUGACCAGGAGCACUUUUUAGACCUCAACGAACUUGCUCACCACUUGAAGCCAUUUUUCUUCCCUGCCAGUGGAUUGAUCAGUGGACCUCAAUGCCCCAAAACUGUUGUGAAAGAGUUAAUCCACAUGCUGACGUCAGUCCUGCUAAAUAACAGCACAGACACAGCCAGAGCAGCAAACAUCAUGCCUAUUAUCCCCUUGUCCCAGGGAAGAAACUACUGUGAAGCCAGCCAUUUCUGCCCACACCUGUUAAACAGUAAACAUGCGACAGAGACAACGGGGUUGCCUACAGGCUGCAUCUUGUAUAAGACUCUGCAGACUCAGAUGCUGGACAUGCUGGACAUUGAAGGUCUCAAUCCAUUGUACAAGAGAGUGGAGAAGUACCUGGCGGAAUUCCCUGAGGAAAGAAGCACAUUACUACUGGAUGGGCCGUAUGAUGAAACAUUCUUUGAGAAGUUAAAAGACCUCUCUCUGGAAGACGAUGGCAGCGUAUCAUAUGCAGUGACCAAGAUCCAGCAGUACCGAGUGGCAAUGACUGCUAAAGAUUGCUCCAUCAUGAUCGCACUUUCACCAGCAGUACAGGAACAAUGCCUCGAUCCCUGGUCUGUGAUCAGGAGCUCACAAUCCAGCUUUAUCCAUUCUGUGUCCAUUCUGGAUUUAGACCUCAAGCCGUAUGAAAACAUUCCGCACCAAUACAAACGGGACAGUAAGAUUGUGAACCAUUACUUGAAGAGUAUAAAAGUCCAAGAGGAUCCCGUAAACCUGUAUAAGAAGAGCGAGGAUUGCACCCUUCUGCUGCACAAAGUAUAAUAUCCACUCCCCCAAUCUGGAGCUGUGAAUAUGUUAACCCCUUUGUGGCCGAGGUCAUUUUCUUCACGCUUCUUGCACAUCCUUGCAGUGUGAAAUCCAUGACUUGUACUUGCAAAGGGGUCAGUCUGUAGCAUUGCUGUUGGACUAUGUAGUGCACUUGUAUUGUGUGACACCCUAACACUGCCCUGGCUCUACAUGAAUACUAGGAUGGUUAUAUAAGGGGCCUAUGCAUCGUAGGGCAGAGCCCACCCAUUCAUUUCAGUUUCCUGCCUGUUUGAUACAAGAAGGCUGCUAACACAUUGAAACCUAUAUAUUGGAGGAUUUUGUUUUACACACAAUUAAGGCAAACGUCUGUCCUUGUGCAUUAAUUUUGCUGCUUUCCUAUUGGGUGCCUACAGCUCUGAGCCCCACAAUGGCCUGUGCAGUGUUAUCUCACAACUAAUCUCUAUACUUGCACCAUUUUGCUUCUCUGCUAACUGGCUUUAAAUGUAGCUUUAAUAUUGCAGCAGUAAUGCUUUAUGGCGUUUAAUGUAAUGCAGCAAAGCCAGUUAGUUUGGUCACGGGGAGCCCUGCCUCUAUUGAAUAGCACUAACUCUGUGCAUAACUAGCACCUCCGUUACCUUCCAUUAAGGAUCCAAAUACUUGAAGAUAUUCUAAAGGAAAAGCAACACUGGACCCUGACAAGGCGGUGAAGUUUCAAUUUGUCGUAAUUAAACAGUGGAGGAGGGGGUGUGGAAGGAGAUCUAAAUGGGGUUAUGUAAUAAAAGGCACUAAGUCUGCCCAGGGGCAGUAACCCCCAGCAGCCAAUCAGCAGGUAGAAUUUACUAGUCACCUGUUCAGUUGCACACAUUUUAUUGGUUGCCAUGGGUUUCUGCUCCUGGGCAAACUUAGUGCCUUAUUUCAAAUGGGUGAAAGAUCAUUAGGCACCACAGUUGCCUUGUUUCUAGUAUCUAUUUUAGUGGGACAGUGAUUGUGACCGCUAAACCUGCUCUAGAGGCCCAGGGAAUUCAGAAUAUGGCACCGGAGCUGCAUCCCUUCUGUACAAAACGAUUGUGGCAACACGUGUGUAGGAACAAACCUUUCAUUCACUUACAGGUAAUGGUUAUUCUGGAAUUGGGUGCAGGUGAAACAAGUGGAGACAAGUUGAUUUUAUUCUAGGCUGAUCCUAUAGAUUCCCUUAGUGAGCAUUUUACUGUCCAUUUCUUUUACUUUUAGCUCAGAUUCCCAUAAGUAAAUAUCAAACAAAAAUCUUGUGCCUUUUAAGAGCUGUCUGGGACCCAGGGGGUAUUAGUGAUAAGAAAAAAUGUAUAUACAUUAUUUUACCAGCACUGCUCAUGUGACUGCCCAUCUGACCCAUACAUGACCAAUUGUGAUUUUUAGGAGAGAGACUACAACUCACGUGUGAUAAUGUGCAUGAAAUCAUUGAGAAUAUGCGCCUGCAGCAUGGAGUCCUCUAUAUACUCUGGGGCUCAUUUAUCAACACUGGGCAAAUAUGCCCAUGGGCAGUUACCUAUAGCAACCAAUCAGUGAUUAGAUUUUUAAAGCCAGCUGCAAGUAGAACAAUGAAUGCAGCAAUUUGAUUGGUUGCUGUAGGUAAAUGCCCCCCUAUAGACUGAGGGAGGACCCGCAGACGUUGCAGUUGAACUUUACCUUUAAAUCAGUAUUGUAAAGAUCUGUUAGAAAUAUUUGACCUUUUAUCCACCAGUCUGGCACCAAAGUUAUAAUCCUGUUGCCCCCCGUUUUAUUCCCAGGCUGCUGUGCUGGUAACGAUUUAGUGACAUUUACCUUCUGCAAUUGCCUGAAACUUUCUUCUGUGACCUCAGACUGUAAUUUAUUGUUCAAUUCUGCUUGUUCUUCUAAAUUCAGGGCCAUGUAUGCUAAAUAGGAAUACUGACAUCAGAAGUGUUUCCAUCUGUGGGAUUUAUACCUAUAAAUAUAUAUUAUUAGGAGACAAAUGUUAUACAUAUGAAUGCAAUACCAGCAGUGGUUUGGUGAGAAUGACAGAAAAAACGCUGUAUGCAAAUAGUUUCGGUUCAGUAAUUCUAGCCCACAGAGCUAAUGAGCGGGACUAGCACAUACUUUCCCAACAGCACACAUUUAUUCUAAAGAAACCCAAAAUGGGAAAUUAAGUGACUCCGCUGCCGUUGAAGGACUGCAGUCUGUGUUGGUUCUAUGACUGUACAGUCUGAUUGGCUCUGGAGGAGUGCAGUGGUGUCUGAUUGGCUGUGGAGGAGUGCAGUGGUGUUUGAUUGGCUCUGGAGGAGUGCAGUGGUGUCUGAUUGGCUGUGGAGGAGUGCAGUGGUGUUUGAUUGGUUGUGGAGGAGUGCAGUGGCGUCUGGCUCUGGAGGAGAGCAGUUGUGUCUGAUUGGCUCUGGAGGUGGAUAGUGGUGUCUGAUUGGAUUUGGAGGAGAGAAGUGGUGCUAUCAGCCUGCUCUCUGCAGCUGGGCAUUGAGAAGUGCUGUUCUUAUUCCUGUAAAUCUGGUGCUCAAGCUAUUGGCACAGGCCAGUAAGUAGUGAUGCUAUAGGUUAAAGCGCUGGGUAACUUGCUGGCACAAUAGAAACCAAUGAGGAGGAUGACUAUGAAACCUCAAAUGUUGUUACAAAUAGAGCAGUGCCAAUGCCAGGAGCCAUAUACAGAGGGGCCAUUGCCUUUCAAUGUUGUGUUUUUCCCCCUCACUUUCUAUAGAGUUAGUGUGUGUGUAAUGUCACCCUGUGUGCAGCCAUAUUGGCUCUGGUAACACUGUGUCCUGAGAGGCUGGAUUCUCUGCCAGAUGAAAUACAUCAGAAUCCACUGUAUGUUCCAAGCCGGGUCCUUCACACAAUUUUAUAUUCUGCCUAAAUUAGCAGAGAGAGACACAAGAAGUAUAAGGCUGCUCUUCUGAUGACUGGACACUUUUCAGAAUGCAAAUGGCACAGAAGCAGCAGCAGAAGGCAAGUGAUUGGCCUGGCCCAGUAUUCACUUGUAUGGCCGUUGCUCUGUAUAUGGCAGUUGCUCUGUAUAUGGCAGUUGCUCUGUAUAUGGCACUCACACAAGAGGGGCCAAGCGCUGUUGCUCCACUGAGCUGUUUUUUCAUUGGUUCCCAACAACGGUUUUCUAAACCCAGGGGUAAGUUUCUAGUUUCUGGUCUUUCCCCGGGUUGUGCUCCCAGUGAUGCCGGAAUUUGUGACUAUUAAACCUGGCAGCACAAGGCGGAGGAACUUCAUACAAACACAACAUCUGAACUUUUAUUGUAAUUGUAUUUCUCCCCCUCUUUGCCCUGCAUUGAGCAUCUCCUACUGACUGUCCCAGGGCUGUGCCUUUAGUCUCUCUGCUCCCAGUACUUUCCUUCAGCUGCAACUGGACCAGAGAACAAUAACCUACAAAUUGGUUUAACCCCUUAGCUGCAAAGAUGGUCUGAAAAACAUUGUUGGGGGGGGGUUCUUGUGAGCAAAGGGCUACUACGUGGUGCCCCCUCCUCUUCCUCUCAUCAGAAAUGGAGUAGGAAACUUCCUGUCGUGCAGAAUUUUGUAUUUAAUGCUUGUAUUUAUUUUCCAAUGUAUAAUAAAUUAUAUAUAAUGUGCCAUACGUAUUGUACAUAGCGCAUGAGCGAGGAUAUUGUUUAUAAACGGACAAGAUUUUUAUUCAGUAAAAUGCCAUUGAGACAA